AUGCAUUGCCUUCGAACGCUUUUCACUAUCGGGGCCUGCUUGGCUUAUGCCAGCCUAAUCAACGCUCUAGCCUUCACAAAUUGGCCGGCCUUGGUGAUCAGCGGAGAGCCCGUCACCAUCGCCUGGGCCGGGGGUGAUCCUGCCGCUCCGACCACCCUCACGCUCCGCAAAGGCGAAUCCGCCAAUCUGCACGAAAUCAAAGUUCUGGCGACUGCUGCGACCGGAGGUACGUUCAGCUGGACGCCAGACGAGAGCCUAGAAGAAGGCAAUGACUACGCCUUUGAGGUCAAACAAAACGACGAGGUCAACUACUCCGGCUACUUCACUUUGGCACAUAGUCGUAACCAGAUGCCUGCUUCGGUGGGACCGGCUCCCGCUCGAUUCGACCCUCACUCUCCGCAAUUCGAUACAUCGCCCAAGGAUGCCUUUGGGACUCAUGUUAUUCAGGGAAAUGAUGCGGAGUCGGUGACGAUGACCAGUGUGCGCCAGACACCGACGGUGGUGGAUAUAUCAUCAGAGAAGAACAUCGCCCAGGCGCAGAUGAACCGUGCAGCCGUCCGAGAUUUGCCCGUCGAACUGGCCCUAGGGGCGGUUGCGGUUUUGGUCCCUCUCUUUGUGUGA